UUUGUCAUCAGGACUAAAAUAGAUUAUAAUUUCUGCUGUGUAUCUGUAUCUCACUCCUGGAAAAAAAAGCCAGACGGUUUUCAAAUUAAAACAUACAUAAACUCAUUUCUGAAUGUAAAGAAAUCCAUAUCGAAAUAGGGACAAUUUGAUUAAAAAUAAUUCCCACCCGUUCGCACAUUAUCUUAAUGUUAAAUUUAAAUAUAAACAAAUGUGCAGUUUAUUGUAUACCUACUAUAAAUUAUGCCGGUAAAAAUAAAACGCAAAAUAUAUGUAUAAAGAGCUUCCAUUAUAGUGAAUGAGUAAGCUUGUGUAGUUGUUGUCUUAUAUCGAUUUUUUGCUGUGGCAUAGAGUUUGAGUUUACCACGAGUCCUUCCCAAAGCCAUAGUGAAUGCUCUAACAGUGGCAACAACGACCUUUUUAAGGGGUGGCAUAGUCGGAAUCGACGAAACUUGGAAAGUCAAAACUCACAAUAAGGAAGAACCAUAUCUAGGGUUUUUCCAACAAAAAAAGAAAACCAAAAAAAAAAAACGUUGGUGGUUGUUUGUAACUAUGUGGGAUUCGUGCUAUCAACCGCCAAGGAUCGGAUAGUCAACAUCGUAGAUUUUAUUCGUCUGUUUUUCAAAAAAAAAAAAAAGGGUGGCAAAAGAAGCAGGAAAUAUUCUCUGUUCUGUCGACGUCAGUCAGUCGUUUCUUUCUCUUUCAAACUUCCCACCUGUAUAAUAGUGAUUAAAGCUUUAUAUCCUACGUGUUCUUUAUUUUGUGGGUGGUGUAUAUGGAUAGUAGACGUCAAGUCAAAUGGUGUGUGUAGACUUAUCCUUGUGCAAAUUUGAGAUAAAAAUCUACUUUUUAAAAAUAUCUAUUAUAAAAAAUGCAUUUUGCCAUUAUUGCAGAUUCCAUGUGUAACUAAUUUAGUGUGAUUGAAAGCCCCCCAAAAAGAAACAACAAACCCCCCUUGAUAAUUAUAAUUUGUGAGGAAAUUCGAUAUAAUUCCCAUUAACCGGGUGUAUAAGAUUUGUGUAUAGUAAGGGUUGGUUCCGGUUUUAGUUUGUUGUGUCUGCUACUCUUAUUGAUAUAGGAUACAUAAUUUUGUGAAAGAGUGAGCGUAAACGUACCUAGAGGAAAGUGGUAAGGUGCCAUUUACUUAAUAAAUAAAUACUGUGGUUGAUGUUGAUGAAAUGUAAAUAUUAUUGUCAAUAAAUUUUGAUAGUGGUAACGUGGGAUAUCUUUGACAUUGAUUGGAUAUCUACGUUUAAAUCAAAAUUACAGUGCUAAUUACAAUUUUGGUUAAAGGUGUUGAAUAAAUACAAAAAAUAAAACCUUUUAGUAUCGUGCGUUCGCAUAUGAACAAUUAUAUUUUAAUGGAUAAAUGCAGUUGAACAUCAUUGCAUGUCUUAUUGAUAUGAAGGACUCUGCCAACUCUGCCAACUCUCCCUGUGAUAUCUGAUAGCGACUAUACAACAGCGAACAAAACUUUUAUUCAAAUACUGUCGACACUUGCAAUAUUAUAAAAUCACAACAAAUGCACGCAAAGAACUCAGCAUAUCAUGGAAACAAACAUAAUCAUUAUAGAAAUUUAAGUGAAACGAAAUUCAGAAAAAUCUUAUUCGAUGAGUUAAAUUAACGUUUUGAAACUAUUUGAAAAAAAAAACAACGUCAAAGCAUACAGAAUUGCGAACAGAAGACCAACACAAUGUCAAUAACUGGUUCUCUUGUUGGUUAUGAAAACAACAACGAAGUUGGCAAUAAUAAAAAAUCUACAUCAGCAUCGUCCCGUUCAAUUCUGAAUACCUCCGCCGGCUCAAUGGCCAAGACGUGCCCCAGUCUCAAUUCGAGCAUAAACAAUUCGGUCAUCACGACGACUAGCAGUAAUCUCAGUCAUCACAAUGCAAAAUAUCCAAAUUCAAAAAGGAAAUCAGCAAAGUAUCUACAACAUCAGCAGCAAGCGCCGCCCUACGGCAAGGAUCACAAAAACUAUCUGCAUUUGAAUUCAUUGUGGUCUAUAUGGUAUGGCGUAUUGCUGACACUUUUUCAGGGAUAUUUGGCUGUGCAUGGCGCUUAUCGAUUUUUGGGUUGCUCACUCAUCCAGUGGAAAAUAGAACCAGUGGCCGAACUUAAUUUACAAAUUGUCCUUUGUGGUGUUGUUUUUAUAUUACUGCCACUAUUCUUUACAUCAGCAGUUUUCAAAGUGGGCAACUUGGCCAACGAUGGAGUCAAAUUGGCUGGUCUGACAGAAAAGAGAUGUUCCUUAUCGCCGCAUGACGGGCUAGUCGAGGAAGCCCGUGGUGGUACAUUACGAGCUCUCUGGACUCAUGGCGGUCCAACGGCAGCCUUUAUCCACAUACUGAUUGCAAUGUGUCUUUUGCUGCCCCGGCUUCUAUUAGAGGCGAGAAUAAUUGAAAACGGACUCCUUCCACGAGAAAACAUCUGGCAAACCGAACUGGAUUUUAUAGCCAUAAAUCGGAGGAAUCUUGUCGUACUGUCGGUUAUAUCAUCGCCAUAUCAAAACAUAUCAGAGGACGAGGUCUACAAUGACACUGUCUUCCUAGCAAACAACAAUAAGCUAUCCGAAAGCAAUGAAGAACAAUACAGGAUAUCCUAUCCAAAGUCAGCGUUCUUUGAGGUGCCUGACCUACUCGACGCAAACAAUAGCAACGAGAACAGUGCCAGUGAAGAGGACCUGAACAAAAUGCGCUCAACAAUGCCAAUGAGUUCUGCCACCACAACCACUGCUCUGACAAAUAAACAAUCGACUAUUAGAACGACGCCAACUACGACAAUGACAACGACGACCACCACCACGACGACUUCUACAACGCUAAUCAUUCCAACAACUGCCAAGGGAGCAUCAACUAUCACCAAGUCCUCAUCAUCUAUUGUCAGCGGCAGCAGUGGCGGCCACACCAGCAGCAGAGUAUCGCAUAGGCGAAAUGGUAAUCGACAGCACAGGAAUAGGUCACAUAGAAAACAUUCCUCAAAGUCCGAAGAAUCCCGGACAUCACGCUCCGAAGAGACCGACAGGGAACUCGAAUUGCGCCACUCAAAGGCUAUUGACUUUAAUCGCUUAGAGGACCUGGAAAUGGUAACCGUGUUUGAGAACCCAUCAUCAGGACUGGGAAAGUCGUCGUUAGUGCCCACAUCGUCACAACAGCGACCAAACAGUGUGGAAGAAGAGUUGGAAUACGGAGGAGGAGGCAUCAUGAGGCAACCCACGACCACCACAACCAGACAAACCACCACCACACUCAGAGACAGCAAUAUCCACAUUGUGAAACCAGAAAAACUGCCUGAAAUCAUUCCGGCCACACCGCUCGCAUCCAACUCGAAGAUCUUUGAAAUCAAAACAAAGUCGAAAAAAGUCAAACGCAUGGCAGAUGAUGAAUUGCAGGUGGAGAUCGAGCCAGAGUACUUGAUUGGGGAGCCGCCGUUAAAUGAGUCCACUGACAUCGUUGGCAUUGGUGUUGGUGUUGGAAUCGUCGAUGGCGGCGGCAUCGAUGGCAAUGGUAAUACACCACCUGGUCUUGUCCGACUGGACGGAUUCUCGGGAAUGUUGCAGACCUUUUUUGGCAUCGAGAAAGAGAUCGAUGUCACGGUCUUUUCCCAUCCACCGAGUGCUGAAUUUAUGAAUCUGGUUGUGGCGCUGCUUGUUUGGUCCGUCCGCUAUCCCGCUGUAUUCUGGUCGACAACUAAACCCUUUGCUACCAUAUUUAGCGUUCAAAUGGUUGCCUCGUCUCUGGAGAUUAUUUUCAGUUUUAUAGGAAUAUCGAACCUGUAUAAAUUGCAGAUCUUCAGUGAGGCUAUACCUGUGCAUAAUCCCGGGUUAAUACUAAAUGCAGUUGUGACGCUAUCCUUAUUCAUAUUGGCUACCAUUUUGGUGUUGUCGUCUUCGAUGAUCAUGUACUUGUAUGGACAUGGUAGGCUGGCGGCAAAAAUGCGCGAUCGUUCGCUUAUUACGAUGAAGACGAGUGAGACGUGGAUAUAUUUUGCACAUUGCGCGUCGUUGUGCUUUGUUCUGGCUUUGGCAGUGGUUAAGGCACCGCUUUUAAAUGACUUAAGUGCUACCUACAGAAAUAAUUUGCACUGUCCGACUUUUAUUUCGGCUCUGAUGUCUGUUGUCCACAUUCUACUCUGGAUAGUAAUUUGGCUUGGACUAACAGCCAAACGUCGUUGGAGCUUCAAACUGCCACCCAUUGAGCACUAUGGUAUAACAAAAGGUGCUACUCAACCUCUUUUAAUAUCGACCCGCAAUAGCAAUGUUAGUGCUGGUGGAAUGGAACAAAAAAGUGCAAUUAGUACCACAUCGAGCACGGACGGAGUUGAGGACAUCUAUUGGCCCAAAUUGACACCAAGUUCUCCGAAAUUAAAAGUAACAUUCAAUGAAGUAACGAGUACGUGUGACGAUGGUGACGAACAAGAUGGCAAGCGCCAUUCGCCCCGUGGAGCCACGAUAUGUAUUGCCGGUGUUGCGGGGGAAAUUGAUGACGGAGACUAUGCCACACUAAGAGGUGCUUCAACAGUGGCCGGUGGCAGUAUUAAAAUACUCCACUUGAGUGAAUAUGAUGAACUUCCACCCCCUCCGCCACUGUUGAUGCCACCGCCCCCGCCACCACAUGGUGAGUACUUGGACGAUAAUACCUCGGAGGAAGGAAAACUUUUGGCUUGUGUUCGUGAUGAUAGUGUUACGUAUGCAUCGACUAGAGAUUUGGAGCCACCCCAUCAUCCCCAUUCAAAUUCACAUUUGCCGCCGCCACCACUUUCAAAUGCCACAUCACCCAUAGGAAUUGCCCCACAAGCUCAACCUGAAAAUAUGCAACUAGCUUCGUCACCAGAGCAUUUGAUUAGUCCUUUGGCUCCGGUUACAGUCACUCUGCACACAAAUGAAGCACAUAUCGCUUCCAGCUCUACUCCACGAUGUCUCAGACGAGCCGAUUCUGGUGUCCCCAAUGAAGCACUUACACCACGUAGCGAUACAACUUCAACAACCGAAAGCACAACAUCUCCACCAGAACGUGCACCAUCCGAAUCUUCGAGUGGUGUACAUUCUGGCGAAGAACGCGAAGAAGUUGUUAUCCGUCCACGUGCUAUAUGCAAACCACCACCAAAACCACCUCAACCACCAAUUGCCGAAGAGCCAUACGGUCGCUCAACCAAUAUGAGAAUGUCCAGCUUCAACAACGACACAAAUGGCAAUGGCAGCAAUAAUAGCCUCAAUAGCAACAGCAAAUCCAACAGCGCUACUCUGCCGCUCCAAAGAACAAUGCCGGAGCAAAAAAUCGAUUAUUCCCAUUGCAGUACAAUGCCACUGCCAUUGGGGUGUCACAGUCAAGCGUCGUUACAAUACAAACCCCAAGGCUACUCACCCCAAUCGGUGACGUCUUCAAUUGGAGUGGUGGCGGCCAAGCAACACGUAUCGCACACUACAUUACCGAAUGGUGUACGUUACUCGAAUCCACAUUUCCUGCGACGCAUCCCGCACAUUACAAAAGCCGAAUCUCCAUACGGACAUUUGGGUCUGGGGGCCGGCCAUCAUACAUUUUCGAAACUACUACAAGACCCAAUGCAAAUUCACAGUCUGGUUAACACAUCCAUUCCAGAAGACAGAGAUUCGGCCAACUAUUCGAUGUCCUCCGAUCAAGAUUGUCUCUAUGCGACGACGACGCACCAUCAUCAUCCACACCAACACCAGCAUCAUCAGCAUCAGCACCAGCACCAACAUGCAAACUGAGGGUUACUAUUCGUAUAGGAAUCACUAUAGUAAUUAGUUAAUUAUAAUUUUAAAACCACCCCCAUCCCACUGAAAUCACACACAUACCAACAUAAAUAAAACACAUGUAUACUAUACCUCUGCAAAUAUGAACUCACACAUUAACAUCCAAGAGUUUAGUUAUUAUUUUUUAUUGUUUUAUAUGCCCCCUUGAUAGUAUUAAGUUUAUAUUUUUGAGAUCCUUUUAGAUGUAAUAGUUUAAUUUUUAUUGACCCCCAGUAUUGCCCCAAAAAUGUGAUUAUACAAGUUACCGAUUAGCACAAAUCUUAGAAACAUACGGAAGAAUUUAUUUAUACUUACAGUCCAGUUCAAUAAUACUAAAAAAUGAGGAAUUAAGGUAAGCUGAAACAAAUCAUAUCAUACUUAA